CCCCUAUCGAAGUCGAAUGAAUGACAGCAGUGAUGUCUGCUCGGUCUGCACACUGUUUACCAUUGUCCAUUGUGGUCAUUCGAUGCGAAUAAAUCAGAAUGAAACUUAACGCCAUGAAUGACAAGUCGUGCUAUUGAUGAAAAUGGGGAGUUUCACCAUCUCUUCACGAUAAAAACGGUUUUUAUAAACCGUUAUUUUAUUGUGCAAACCGUUCUCGCCAAAAAGGUUAGACCAGUGGCUAAGAUGGCAACAUUUUUUACACCAGAAAGACAUGGUUAUGCUGUUCGGUUUUCACCUUUCUACAAAGAUCGCAUCGCAGUCGCAACGUCACAACAAUUUGGUCUGGCAGGCGGUGGCACACUGUUUGUUUUAGAAAGAACUCCAGUCGGAACUCUGGAAAAUGUGGCUGUAUUUGACUGGUCUGAUGGUUUAUUUGAUGUUGCGUGGAGUGAAGGGAAUUCUGAUAUAGCUGUAAGUGGAAGUGGAGAUGGAUAUUUGCAGGUGUGGAACCUUCACCAUCCUGGGAUGCCAAUAAAGACAUUCCAUGAACAUACAAAAGAAGUUUACUCUGUCAACUGGAAUUUUCACAAUCACCAAAGAAUUUUAUCUGCUUCUUGGGACUGUACAGUCAAAACGUGGGAUUUAGGCUACUCAAUGUCUACAAGGACUUAUGAGGGUCACACCCAAUUGGUUUAUGAUGCUGUUUGGUCCCCAGGCCUCCCUUCUACCUUUGCAUCUGUAGCUGGUGACGGUAUGCUUCAAAUAUGGGCAGAAGAAACCUCGAAUGCCCCAAGGUUGUCAGUUAAGGCUCAUGAUGCUGAGGUGUUAUCUUGUGAUUGGUGUAAAUAUGACCAAAAUAUUCUUGCCACUGGAGCUUCAGAUGGACUUAUUCGAGGCUGGGACAUCCGCAGACUGACAGCUCCUGUAUUUGAGCUUCGGGGUUGUGAAUAUGCUGUACGCCGCAUUAAGUUCUCUCCCUACCAUGCUUCCAUCAUAGCAUCUGCUUCAUAUGACUUCACUACAAGGGUGUGGGACUACAAGACAUCUCCAGAGGCAGUAGAGACAGUGAAGCACCACUCUGAAUUCGUGUAUGGACUGGACUUCAAUAAUCAUGUACCUGGUGAACUUGCAGACUGUGGCUGGGAUUCUCUUGUUCACAUCUUUUCCCCAGCUUCUUUGUCCUCUGUGCCAAUUUCCGAACCUAGAUAAGGAAUUAUUUAUGUAUCAUUUUAUUAAUUAUUACCAAAACUAUAAAAUUUUCUCUUAAUUUUAUGAGUCACAAGGCAGUGUGUAAUUUAAGUAAGAUUGUUCUAUAAGUCUUCUUGACUGAGCCUUUUCUGUAACAAGGUACUGCAUUCCUUUUUCUGUUUGUUGUUAUCUAUUUUUUAACUGUGUGGUUUUAUUAAAAGUGCUUUUGUUUUUAAA